CUACAUUUAUUUUUUUCUAUGUAUUCCUUGCUUGCAGUUUCCAGUUAUACGUAAUUUGAAGUUUACCACUUGCCUUAUCCUGUCAGAAUCACGCUGGGUUGAGCUUCCUCAGAAUUACAGCAACACACCUCUAACAGGCUGCCAAACACAUACAAUCAUGUCAACACCCAACUGGUCGACAGCACCAAUGGAGAUUUAAACCCUUGAUCCUAGUGGUUAUAAGCUAGCGUUGCUUACUGCUGCAUGCUAUUUAUUUGCUGCUGCACCACCCAGGCAAAGUAAUUGAUAAAUUACAAAGUAACGGGAGUGGAAUAAAGGUAGCAUGUUUUUAAAUUUUAAAAGUAUGCAGGCAUCCAUCUUAGUAUGGAUGCAGGCAUCCAAAUUGAGUAUUAUUGUUUAGGUUAUUGUGGGACCUUAUGAAUGCUCUAGGCAUAACUUCGCAUAGACAGAAAAAUGAGGGGUAGGAGAGCAACUCCAUGUUAAUUCCUAUGAUUUUAGAAUGGGAGUUCCAACAAGCUUACAUCAGGUGUCCACAUACUUUUGACCAUAUAGUGUGUUGCAAUUUUUUUUAAUGCUUUGUCCAUCCCCUGUAUGCUGCAGCAUUUCUGAUGUGCCGAAAUAGUUUAGCUUGUGGAUCUUCCUCUUUCAAUUCUAUGCCUUAAAUACAAAACGCCUUUCACUUCUCAAAAGUCUCUCACUCUUCCACACACGAACGUAUCUGAUCUUUCAGCAUGGGCAACUUCAUAGCAAAUGAAGGACUAUCAAUCUUUGUCAUUCUGGUAUGGCUUGGAAUCAAUGCCUUCCUCUUUGUACACUUCUACAUGGCAUUUCUGGUUGAUCGUUUCUACUACACUAGAGUCAUUCUUGGGCAUGCCCUGUCAUGGGCGCGAGCACCAGCUGCAUGUCUGAAUUUUAACUGCAUGUUGAUACUGCUACCUGUUUGUCGCAACCUGCUGUCCUUCCUCCGAGGCUCCAUACAGUGCUGUAGCCGUACUGCUGCCCGCCAGCUAGACAGAAACAUCACCUUCCAUAAACUGGUGGCCUACAUGAUUGCCUUCCACACAGCGGUGCACACAAUCGCUCAUCUGUUUAAUUUUGAGCGCUUCAUGAAUGCUCAGCUGGAGGCCAAUACCAGCUCACUGACCCAUGUACUCUCUCUUAUCGGCAACGAGGGGAAUGAGUCUUACCUUAAUCCUAUCAGGAGUAAUGAGACGAGCCAAACAGUUGUCAUGUUCACCACGGUGGCAGGACUUACAGGUGUAGUCAUAACCCUCUCCCUCAUCCUUAUCAUCACUUCCUCCAUGGAGGUCAUUCGCAGAUCCUAUUUUGAAGUGUUCUGGUUUACCCACCACCUGUUUAUUGUCUUCUUUAUUGGCCUGGUGCUCCAUGGUGUUGGUCGCAUUGUGCGAUGUCAGACAGCAGAUAGUCUAAAUCACCACAAUCCUACCAAAUGUUACAGCAAGUUUGAGGACUGGGGCUCAGACUCUGCCUGCCCUAAGCCAGAAUUUGCAGGAAACCCUCCUAUGACAUGGAAGUGGGUUGUUGGGCCGAUGUUUCUGUAUGUGUGUGAAAGGCUUGUUCGUUUCUAUCGCUCGCAGCAGAAAGUGGUUAUCACAAAGGUAGUCAUGCACCCAUCUAAAACACUGGAACUUCAGAUGAAGAAGAAGGGCUUCAAGAUGGAAGUUGGCCAGUACAUCUUUCUUAAGUGUCCAUCCAUCUCACACUUGGAAUGGCAUCCAUUCACUCUGACAUCUGCACCAGAAGAGGACCAUUUCAGCAUCCACAUCCGCAUUGUAGGAGACUGGACGCAGGCUCUGUACUCAGCAUGUGGUGGAGACAAAAAUGCUGUUCAGGAUGCCUGGGAACUGCCAAGGGUUGCAGUUGAUGGACCAUUUGGCACAGCUAGCGAAGACGUUUUUCGCUAUGAGGUGGUCAUGUUGGUGGGUGCUGGCAUUGGCGUUACACCCUUUGCCUCCAUUCUCAAAUCUGUGUGGUACAAACAUGUGCAGCAAAACGCCAACGUGUUUACCAAGAAGAUCUACUUCUACUGGCUGUGCCCAGAGACUCAGGCAUUCGAGUGGUUUGCAGACCUUCUGCAAUCUCUAGAGAGACAGAUGACUGACAAGAACAUGAGUGACUUCCUGAAUUACAAUAUUUACCUCACCCGCUGGAAAGACAAAGAGGCUGCACACAUCAGAGUUCAAUAUGAAGCAGAAGAUGACCCUAUUACUGGCUUGAAGCAAAAGACAUUGUAUGGCAAACCCAACUGGGACAACGAGUUUAGCACCAUUGCCAACAGUCACCCAGGGUGUAAAGUUGGGGUGUUUCUUUGUGGGCCAACUCCUCUGGCAAAAGCUCUAGCAAAGCAAUGUCACACCCAGUCACAGUCCGGAACUGAAUUCAUUUUUAACAAGGAAAACUUCUGAUCUGCUGUUUUAGAUGUCCAUUGCUUGCCACAGAGAUACGAUUAUAGUCCAAACUUUAAAUACACUUUUAAAGGAUAUGUAUGUCAUAGCAUUGUUGUGUUCUUUCUUCCAAAAUACCUUUGAAGAAGAAAAUUUUGGACUUUGUGAAAAACUCACCACAUUGUCAGCCACUGAAACAAUUAUCUGAGCCACAAGCUCUGGAAAAGAACCAUGUUCCUCUUAAACUUUUCUAUUUCCUAGCCAACACAAUAAGUGUUUUUGUUGCUUUGUUUACUUUAUGAUUGUGGGAAAGUUUUACUCUCAAAAAAAUACCCUAAAGUUCAAGCAAAAGUCAUAUUAUUCCUAGGCAUUGCACACAUUUUGGUGUGGUUUUACACUUUCAUUAUCAAUAAAGUUGCAUUUUUCUCUAGUUUAAAAUGUAAUAUCCUUUUUCUAUUUUAUAUACUGUGUAUUGUCUGUUGUCCACAGCUAUAUACAACCAGCCAUACCUUACCAGAGUAUGGCUAGAUCAAUAAAUUUUUCAGCUUUACUAUAAACAAUUUACACAUUUUCCAUGUUAGAGUAAUAGAAAAGAAGCAUCCACUAUGUUGUCAAAAGUAUGUGAAUACCUUUUAUUAUGAUUGAGUUUGGGUGUUUCAGUUGCACUUAUUAGUAACAGAUGUAACAAAAGUCUAUUUUAAGUAAGUAGAGUAAAGGCCCUUUCAAGUUUAUAUGCAUAAAGUGAGGUCCAAAAAAUAUGCUCUUAACAAAUGUGGUGUACUGGAACUCUACUCGCCCCAUUGAUUGGAUUGUUCAUUGUGAGCCAGAUUGUCUUGUCCAACAUUAGUGCCUGAACACUGAUGUUAUUUUAACUGUCAGAACCAUUCCAAAAAGCUUUAGCUUGUGUAUCUUGAGGAAGUUCAUGGUGGAUUUUGAGGUUUGUUUUGGAUCAUUGUCCUGUUUCCAUCAAAUGCGGCUCCUCCUUUUUUCUUUGGUAAUUGUAGUCAAAUUAUUUAAAAUGUAUUGCAUCAGUUCACGGCACUUCACAAAAUGCCUCUGGUUUAUUUAGAUGUUAACACAUGUUAAAGGCAGCAUAUUUAAGCAGCAUAAAGACUUGAGACAAUUAAAGGGGAUAACCAUUAUGGCCAGAUGGGUUGAAGGGUAGAUAUUUUGUGGAGAUGUUUUGACAGCAUAUGGUCCAAAUUUUGUCUUAUUAGUGUAAACCUAUCACAUACCAAUGCGCUAAAUAGUAUGCCUAAAUAAUCCACUGCAGUGAUAGAUAUGGUUACACACACAAAGACACAGGGCAUGGUUUGGGACACCAAAUAACCACAUUAGUCAGCCAUUACUUUUUAAUAUAUUUGUACAUACGUGUGAACACUUUGUAAUUUAAAAUUUUUUGUAUUCUUGAAAGCUGCUGUAACACUACAAAUUUCCCCCUGUGGGAUAAUAAAAGGCUAUCUUAUCUUA